AUGGCCGAGCCGGCGCGGCACCUCGCCGACGAGAUCCUGGAGGAGAUCUUCAUUCGCCUGCCCACGCCGGCCGCGCUCGCCCGCGCCUCCACCGCCAGCCCCCGUUUCCGCCGCAUCAUCACCGAGCGCCCCUUCCUCCGCCGCAUCCGCGCUCUCCAUCCGCCGCCACUCCUGGGGUUCGCCGUCGACAAGCGCGCCUUCCACCACGCGCAGGAACCUCAUCCCUCCGCCCCGCUUGCCCGAGCCCUCGCCGACGGCGCGGAUUUCUCCUACUCCUUCGUUCCCGCGCCCCAGCCCCAUCAGGAGCUGCUCAGCCCCUGGUACCACCGUGACAUCCGCGACGGCCGCGUCCUCCUCGAGCGCAGCUACCUGUUCGGCGCGGGUGCAGCCUUCCCAAACCUCGCCGUGUGCGAUCCCGUGUCACGGAGGUACGUGCUGCUCCCGUCCAUACCCGAGGAAAUGGCCGUCCAGCAAGAGCGCCUUGUCGAAUUCGGGCCCAUGCUCGGUCCCGCUGCCGAGGAUGAGGAUGAGACCUCGUUCUCGGUGAUCUGCACGGCGUGCUACAAGAGCAAGUUGGUCACAUUUGUCUUCUCUUCGGUCACCGGACAAUUGUGUGUAGCUGCAUCUCCCAGCUGGAGCUCUUUGGGCACAGCUAAGCCCACUUGGAAAGGCAUUUCCAGCUUCAGCUACUUGCGUGGCUGCUUCUACUGGGGAGCUCUCUGGCAAGACAAGUUUCUCGUGCUGGACACACGCACAAUGGAGUUUUCCACACUGAACAUUCUCACAGGCUACCAUAUGCAGCUUCUAAAUCAGCCUGGCCAGGACCCAUGCAGUCAUACCAUUGCUGGUGGUGCAAAAGGAGCGCUCGAGAUGUUUACUCCUGUCGGUGAUUACCAUUCUACCUUGCUGUAUCACACCACUCAACAAAACAACGGCGAAUCAUCCAAUGAGUGGAAGCUACAAAGGGUUAUAGCGUUGCCUCCCGAAUCACUCUAUUUUACUGUGGGUGCAACUGAGGGAUUCUUAUUCCUUCGAGGAGCUCAGUGGGUUGAUGAUUCAUAUGGGUUCUUGCCCGUCGAUUUUUAUUCUCUGGAUGUCAAGACCGCAGAACUUAAGAAGGUCUGUAGGGUAACAACACACUUUGAUCGUCCCAAUGUUGUUCACUCAUACUUUGGCUUCCCACCAUCAUUGUCCAAACCGAGUCUAUGA